CGCAAGUUGGAGAUCCUUCAAGACGAAAAGAUCGCUAUCGUAUAGUUCGAUUUGGGUUUCGUCAACACAAUGGCUCGGCGUCCACGUCUUGCUGCGCAAGCUGCUCAAGCUUCGAUGCGAACUCCUAUCCCUAACAUAUCCGACAACGAAGACGAAGACAUGCCAGAUGCUACACCUGCAGAAGCCCCUACACCACAAGAUGACGACGAAGAUGCAGAGAAUGAUGAUGAGGAAGAUGGGAUGAAUGAUGCAGAAGAAGCACCGACUCCCUCACGAGGGUCAGAGCAACCGUCUCGAUCGGCGACUCCUCGCCGCGGCCGACCUCCCCUACCGCGUGGACGUCGAGGAGGCAGACUGGGCAGGCCUCCAAAGCAUCGUGUCACUACAGCAUCGGAAGACGGAGAUAACGAUGCUGCUUCUGAAACUGCCACUCCGAAGCGAAGAGGCGGUUUCCGAGGUCACAGGGGUGGCAGAUGGGCUAAAUACAGAGCUGGAGGGUCACGACCACAGCAAGCUCCUCUCGACGACGAUGGGAAUCCAAUGGAAAUUGUCAAUGACGAAGUCUUACUGCCCGAAGAUCCGGAAGGCGAACAAAAGGUUGACAAGAAUGGCUGUUUGCUCGGCGGGAGAGAAUAUCGGGUGCGAACGUUCACCAUUCUCGGCAGAGACGACAGACUUUACAUGCUGUCAACAGAACCGGCACGUUGCAUUGGAUUUCGCGACUCAUAUCUUUUCUUCCAGAAACACAGGCAUCUCUACAAGAUCAUCAUUGACGACGAUGAAAAGCGGGAUCUCAUCGAAAGAGAUUUGAUCCCUCACUCGUAUAAAGGUCGCGCAAUUGGAGUGGUGACGGCUCGGUCUGUAUUUCGAGAGUUUGGAGCCAGGAUUGUCAUCGGAGGGAGAAAGGUAGUUGAUGACUACGAGACCAAGAAAGCACGGGAACGUGGUGAUGUCGAAGGGGAGGUGGCUGUCCCAGAAGAUCGCUUGCCACCUCCCGGAGAGCCUUACAAUCGGAAUCAAUAUGUAGCAUGGCAUGGUGCCAGUGCAGUCUACCACACCAACACGCCCAGUGUCCCUCUUCCCCUUGCCAAGGCGCAGGAGGCCAAGCGGCGAAAGAUCAUGGUAACAAGCGACAACUGGAUGCUGGAACAUGCAAGGGAAGCCAGUCGAUUCAACGCGCAAUUGACGGCAAAUCGCUUGGAAAACAUCAAUGGCGUCUACGACAUACAUACCAACGUCAUGCAAUACCCCGCCCAUAUGCAACCAACUCAUGCACGAUGGGAGAUUGUCGACGAUCAAGAGGACACUGAAGCCCUGGAGAAAUCAGGGCGGCUACCUCACCUCGACCCAGUGUAUGGACGAAACUUCCGAAUCCAUGACCUGUGUCUCGAAUCGGCACCAGAGUCCUGGUACGGGACGCCUGGUACCCCCGAGGAAGGUAAUAGCCUCUCUUCUAUCCCAGUGAGCAUCCUCGAAGAACUUCCCGCCGACUGUCUACGCGCGUUUGAAGAAGCCAGAUCACGCGAAGCUGAAUGGCGGGGAAAGUGGCAUACAGAACGGGAAGACGGGCUCAGAGCACGCCUGUUGCCAUCCUUUGAAUGGUUUCCAAAGUGAGAUGAUGUUGCGGAGCAAAGCAUAAACACCGUUGUCGGCGGAAUCAAUCUGUGAGAACAUCUCAACCGGUUCCGUCUUCCGAUCAUUCGCACCAGCACCGAUACAAAUCUUGCGCACACGACACUACAAACAGCCUCGGUCGGUCGGACCACCGCACGCAACAGCAACCGGAUUGGGUUUUAUCAGACGCCGAAGUUCUCAAGGAUGAGCUUGGACACAAGACUCGGCAGCGAGGAAAGGAUUUGGAAGGAAUUGAGACCAGAGACUCCAGCCUUCCAUUGCUUGGAUCCGAUCCAACCUCCAUAUGCUAACCAUGCUUCCCUGCAACGGCCACUGGAACAACAGUGGGUCCCAGGGUCCAGGGGCUUUGCAACUCCCGGUCUGUGCGCGUGGGAAUGGAUGCGUAUUGGAAGUUCCAAACUCAAAAUCGGUCGAAGUCGGGGAAACGAAGAGGGGCGUGUUUAAUGAUGAGCUCCAGAAUUCCUCGAGGCAGAGUGCAGCAAGAGACCGAUUUCCGGCGGUGAUUUGAACGAGAGAAUCGUUAGGAUUAUGAUUGGACGUGUUCAACCCCAUCCCGACUCACCUGGGCAUCUUCCGAUCUGUUGGACCAAUGGCCUCUCUCGAAUGCAACCCAUUCUCGUCGAGGCAUCGACUGGCGUGCUGUGACCCCCGAAAAUUUUGUGCCGCGGCAAACCGCACUCUUCUCGAGGCACGGGAGCAAGAAAUGCAGGAGAAGCUACCGUGUGCUCAAGGCUAAAGGCUCCCUCCGUAUUCUCUUCCCACAAAAGGCUAUUAUCGAAGAUGAUUCAGAGCUAGACACAGCCGAUGGGCCGGAUUGUGUGUGGUGUUCCAUUGAUAGAGCACGGGCAUCUUAUUCAGCUGCACUUUGGGGGCGCUGGCACUGUGACCACGUGAGGGGCGGGCGCACGAUGAUGUCGUCGUACGUAAGAACCAAGCCGUGUUCGAAAUGGAAACGUCGAGGCAUGCACAGCACUAAGGAGUAAGUUGUGGCGGCCUUGCUUCCUGAAGCGGAUCGGGGCAAUGUCGGUCAGCGGUGCUUGGUCCUACAAGCACACAUAUUGGAUGCUUGAUGGCGCCUAGUGGCAUUUUACACAGGUGCACACAUGAGGUAGAGGAGUGUGCAGGUGGGUGAGGAGAAUAGGCAUCAACGUUGGGGCCCAAAUGAAACAGGAAAUGCCAAUGACUUGACGUGUUGAAGUGAGAGCCACAGCGGCAAACAAUGGGUCACUGUUGGAGGGGGGGCAAAACCAUGCAUGCAUAUUCAUCUUCUCACAC